AUGGCAAGCACCUGGAAAGAAUUUGUUGAAUUUUCCAUGCCGUCUUCUCCCCCUACUGCAUACGUUAGUGCCAACCUGGGCAAUGCAUCUCCUGUCGGACUGACUUUAUCACCUUAUGGCCGAUCACUGUAUGUGAUGGAGAAACUCUAUACUCUGUCAUCAGAACCCCUCACCACAUCUGCUGCAAUCCCCAUUACUCAUACCUCCAAUUCUUGCGGGUCUAAAAAGCAGAAGAGGACCCCUUUGUACCAGAGAUCUAUGAGCUUUGACCCAAAUCUUCUCCACAACAAUGGACAUAAUGGGUACCCGAAUGGUACGUCUGCAUUGCGCGAAACUGGCAUAAUUGAAAAAUUGCUUACAUCCUAUGGAUUUAUUCAGUGUUCAGAACGCCAGGCCAGACUCUUCUUUCACUGCUCUCAGUACAAUGGAAACUUGCAAGAAUUGAAAGUAGGAGAUGAUGUGGAGUUUGAGGUGUCAUCAGACAGACGUACUGGCAAACCAAUCGCUGUCAAACUGGUAAAAAUAAAGACUGAAAUCUUGCCAGAAGAGAGAAUAAAUGGACAGGUUGUUUGCGCUGUGCCUCAGAAUUUGGAGAGCAAGUCUCCAGCUGCUCCGGGUCAGAGUCCCUCAGGGAGUGUGUGUUACGAACGCAAUGGGGAGGUGUUUUAUUUAACCUACACCCCAGACGAUGUCGAUGGAAAUGUUCAGCUUGAAACUGGAGAUAAAAUUAAUUUUAUUAUUGAAACAAACAAGCACACUGGUGCAGUAAGCGCUCGAAACAUUAUGCUGCUUAUGAAAAGAAAGCAAAUGCGUUGUCAGGGUGUGGUUUGUGCCAUGAAGGAAGCCUUUGGGUUUAUUGAAAGAGGUGAUGUUGUAAAGGAGAUUUUCUUUCACUACAGUGAAUUUAAAGGAGACCUUGAAGCCUUGCAACCAGGCGAUGAUGUAGAGUUCACCAUCAAAGAUCGAAAUGGUAAAGAAGUAGCAACUGAUGUAAGGCUUCUACCUCAAGGAACUGUUAUUUUUGAAGAUAUCAGCAUUGAACAUUUUGAAGGAACAGUUACCAAAGUUAUCCUAAAGUACCCAACAAAAAUCAGAAUGAUCCCCUACCAGGAAGGAUAAAGGUUGAUUUUGUUAUUCCUAAAGAGCUUCCUUUUGGUGAUAAGGAUACUAAGUCUAAGGUGACCCUUUUAGAAGGCGAUCAUGUGCGGUUCAACAUUUCAACUGACCGAAGGGACAAACUCGAGCGUGCCACAAACAUUGAAGUUCUCUCCGAUACGUUUCAGUUUACAAAUGAGUCCAGAGAAAUGGGUGUCAUUGCAGCAAUGAGGGAUGGUUUUGGUUUUAUAAAAUGUGUUGACCGGGAUGCUAGAAUGUUCUUUCACUUCAGUGAAGUUCUGGAUGGAAACCAACUCCACAUUUCUGAUGAAGUAGAGUUUACUGUGGUCCCUGACAUGCUCUCUGCACAAAGAAAUCAUGCAAUCAGAAUUAAAAAGCUCCCUAAAGGAACGGUCUCCUUUCACACUCAAUCUGAUCAUCGCUUUGUUGGUAUUGUUGAAAAAGAAGCUACAGCUGCCAGUGCUAAAUCCAGCAGCCCAAACAAAGGAAAAGAAAAGAAAAAAGAGAAGGAGGGUGAAGAAGGAAUUAUCUCUUAUGAAGACUGUGGAAUCCGACUUACUGUCUCCUAUCACCUCAAGGAUUUGGAAGGAUCUUCCACCCCCCAGGUUGGGGAUAAGGUUGAGUUUAGCAUUUGUGAAGCCAAAAGAACUGGUCAACAGACUGCAGUUCUCUAUUAAGGUUCUUGGACGAAAUUCCAACAGCAAAAGGUUUUAUGGCUAUGUGGCCACUCUAAAAGAUAACUUUGGUUUUAUUGAAACUGCCAAUCAUGAUAAAGAAAUCUUCUUUCACUACAGCGAGUAUUCUGGAGAUGUAGAUAAGCUGGACCUUGGAGAUAUGGUGGAGUACUGCUUAUCCAAAGGGAAGGGGAACAAGAUCAGCGCUGAAAGGGUCACAAAGGUUCAUCAAGUUAAUGGAUCCAGUGAUGAAGUGAAUCCUACAGUGUACUGGGGAAAAGUUGUGCGGCCCCUGCGGAGUGUAGACCCUACACAAACUGAGUACCAGGGAAUGAUUGAGCUUCUAGAGGAAGUUGUUGACAAGCAGAAAAUAGCUGAGGAAACUCCCAAAGAAGCUGAGGAAGCCGAAGCCGAAGCAGAAGCUGAAGCCAGCAUAGAUGCAAGCAAGCAAGCUAGCAUGAAAGGACGUCUUAUCCCUUUUGGUAUCGUGGGAAUGUCAAACAAAGCAGACUGCCUUCAAAAAGGAGAAACUGUCAAAUUCCAGCUCUGUGUCCUAAGCCAAAAUGGGCAGACAAUGGCCUGCAAUAUUGAGCCACUACGUAGGGGUACUGUUGAAUGUGUAAAAGAUCAGUUUGGCUUCAUUAACUAUGAAAUCGGUGACAGCAAGAAACUUUUCUUCCACGUAAAGGAAAUCCAAGAUGGAGUAGAGUUGCAGGCAGGGGAUGAGGUGGAAUUCUCAGUUAUUCUUAAUCAGCGAACUGGGAAAUGUAGCGGUUGUAAUGUUACAUUAUUAAGCAAAGGCCCUGAAAUGGUAGCAGCCCCACGUCCUGACAGGCUGGUGAGUCGGCUAAAGAGCAUAACGUUGGAUGAUGCCAGUGCACCCCGUCUUAUGGUCCUGCGUCAGCCUAGAGGUCCGGAUAACACAAAGGGAUUUGGCACAGAGAGAAAGAUCCGUCAAGCUGGUGCCAUCGACUGA